AUGGCCGGAAAAUUUGUCCGCAGAGAGCGGAAGCACAAAAAGCUUGCACGCCAAAAAGCUGACGACAAUGCCGUCCUUCCGGACGCAAACGCUGAUGAGAUUCUCCCGGAAGACCAGAAGCGCCUGGUGGAGAAGAGGGCCCAGAUCAAGGCCGACCUGUUGAAAGAUGGCCCCAAGGUCAGCGGCAAGAAGGCGAAGCGCCUGGAGAAGUAUAUCACCACGAAGAUGCGCAAAGAUGAGAACCGCGAGAUCCUGGCCAAGUUGGCGCAGCAAAAAGUCGACACCAGCCUGUUUACAAGUACCAAGUCUUUGGGCCAGGGCAAGGAGACGAAGAGGCAAGCUUUGACCCGGGCGCUGAGGGAAAAGAAUGCGGGUCUGGAGGUGGAUGAGCAGGCGGAGGAGAUGCUGUAUGAGGAGAGGGGAGAGACGCCGGAGGCGGAGAGCGAUGAGAGCGAGGAAGAGGCUCCGAAAGCGAUUGAGGCACCGAAGAAGGCGCCUGCGCCAAAGACAGUACCUGCAACGAAAUCGAAGCCAGUAGCAGAGACAGCCAACUCGCCUGCGCCGGUUGCUAAAACGGAGACGCAACCUCAACCGCAGCCGCAGAUUCCUGCCAGCGUGGGGUCUGGUCUGAAGCGCCCGCUGGAUGUUGGCGAUGACGGUCGCCCGGUUCUGAAGAAGCGUCAGAAGAGAGGCGGUGUCGUAUCCAAGUUCUCAAUCAUCGAGACCGAAAAAGCCGAUGACGCAGAGGAGGAAUGGGGUGGCUUCAGCUCAGAGGGAGAAGAUGGAGACGGCAAAGACAGUGGCGAGAGUUCUGGAGAUCAAUCCUCAGAAGAGGAAUCCGACGAGGAGGAGGAGGAAUCGAGCGAGGGAUCCGACGAUUCAGACGAGGAAAUGGACGAGGACAGCGAUUCGGGUAGCAAGAGGCAAUCUGCCUUUAAGGCAUGGGCGCACGCUCAGAGGAAUCAGGCUCUGGGUUACCAGCCAGUCGCACCAUCAACUACAGCACUCGAUAUACCCAAGCCCGAAAACUUCACGCCAAGACCUGUGGAACAAGAGCCGCUACCCCAGGAGCUCCAGCCGACGACGAACCUCGCCCGGAAGGCUUACGCCGUUGCGGUAACGAGAACUCCCGAGAUCCAGGAGGUGCGCAUGAAGCUCCCGGUUGUGGCGGAAGAGCAGAGGAUUAUGGAAAUGAUCCACAAUAACGAUAUUGUCGUUGUGUGCGGUUCUACUGGUUCCGGUAAGACAACGCAGGUGCCUCAAUUUUUGUACGAAGCGGGCUAUGGCUCGCCCAACUCCGACACACCGGGCAUGAUUGGCGUGACGCAGCCUCGUCGAGUCGCUGCGGUGAGCAUGUCCAAACGUGUGGCUCAGGAGCUGGGUGAUCACCAAGACAGGGUCGCGUAUCAGAUCCGCUUCGAGGGUACAACAUCGAGCAAAACGGCCGUCAAGUUCAUGACCGAUGGUGUGUUGCUGCGAGAGAUGGCGCAGGAUUUCUCCCUGAAGAAGUACUCGGCCAUCAUUAUCGACGAAGCCCACGAGCGAAGCGUCAACACGGAUAUCCUGAUUGGUAUGCUCAGCCGUAUCAACAACAUCCGCAAGGGCGAUGACAAGGUCGAUCCCAAUAUCAAGCCGCUCAAGAUCAUCAUCAUGUCUGCGACGCUGAGAGUUGAAGACAUGACGAACAACGCGACACUAUUCCCGACGCCGCCCCCUGUUGUUGAGGUGGAGGGCCGUCAGCACCCUGUCACGAUACACUUUACCCGUCGCACGCAGUCUGACUACGUUGACGAGGCCUACAAGAAGAUCAUGCGAGGUCACAAGAAGCUGCCACCAGGUGGCUUCCUCGUCUUCCUCACAGGCCAGAACGAGAUUAUGCACUUGAGCAAGAAACUGCGGGCUGCGUUCGGCGGUUUUACCGGGGCGAGUGCCCCCAGGGUUCAGAUCUCUGCUACCGAAGCCCCUAUGGAAGUGGAAGACAUCGACUUUGGCGAGGUUGAGGACGGAGACUUUGGCGAAAUCGAUGACGACGUCGACGACGAUGGAAUGGAAGACGAGGACGACAAGGAGUUUGAGAUCGAAGGAGAGGAAGGAGAAACAGGCCCCCUCAAGAUGCAGGUUUUGCCCCUUUACUCCCUUCUGCCGACGAGAGAGCAAAUGAGAGUCUUCGAGGAGCCCCCAGAAAACACGCGUCAAAUCAUUCUCGCGACCAACGUCGCCGAGACCAGUUUGACAAUCCCUGGAAUCCGCUACGUCUUCGACUGCGGCCGUGCCAAGGAGCGUCAAUAUGACCGCCUCAGCGGCGUCCAGACCUACGAGAUUGGCUGGAUCAGCAAGGCCAGCGCAAGCCAGCGAGCCGGUCGUGCCGGCCGUACCGGCCCCGGCCACUGCUACAGGCUCUACUCCUCGGCCGUCUACGAGCGUGACCUCCCCGAGUUCACAGACCCCGAAAUCCUCCGCAUGCCCGUUGACGGCGUCGUCCUCCAGCUCAAGUCGAUGAACCUCUCCAACGUCGUUAACUUCCCCUUCCCCACUCCGCCGGACCGUAUGGGUCUGCGCAAGGCGGAGAAGCUCCUCACAUAUCUCUCUGCCAUCACGCCAGAGGGCCAGGUCACGCGCAUCGGAUCGACCAUGUCCAUCUUCCCGCUCUCGCCGCGCUUCGCGCGUAUUCUCCUCGUCGGCCACCAGCACGACUGCCUUCCUUACACGAUCAUGAUGGUUGCCGCUCUGUCCGCGGCAGAGAUCUUUGUCCCGGAACACCAGGCCAUCCCCGCGCUCGCGGCAAAGGGCGACGAUGAGUUCCGCACCAACGCAGACAUGCUCGCCGAGGACCGCCAGGCCCAGAUCCGCCGCGCCUUCAACGCCGCCCACAAGAAGUUCUGCUACCUCGACGACCGCGCCGACGCCAUCAAGCUGCUGCAGGUCAUCGGCGAGUACGCCCACGAGCCGACGGAGCAGUGGUGCGAAAGCCAUUUUGUGCGGCACAAGGUCAUGAAGGAAAUCACGCAGCUGCGCGGCCAGAUCACGGAGCUCCUGCGCGCCAACAUCCCGGCGUUCAAAAACCUCAAGUACCAGGACAAGCUGGACGCGCCGUCGGACAAGCAGGUCGCGUAUCUGAAGCAGAUGGUGGCUGCGGGCUUCAUCGACCAGGUCGCCCUCCGCGCCGACAAGUCUCCGGUACCCCCUGAGAUGGGCCGCAAGCCGCGCCGGGCGAUCGACGUGCCGUACAUCCCCCUUUCGCCGCUCGGCGUGGGCCACGACGCAGAGAAGUUCGUCUACCUCCACCCGUCGUCGCCGAUGUCCCACCUCAGCCCGGCGGAGUGUCCCGAGUGGGUGGUGUACUCGCACCUGCAGCGCGCGACGCAGGGCGACCCGGGGAAAACGCCCAAGACGAGGAUGCACACGCUCACGGACGUCACGGGAGGGCAGCUGGCGAGCCUGGCCAAGGGCACGCCGCUUGUGAGCUACGGCAAGCCGGUGAAGGAGAUCAGCUCAACGGCGAGCACGAGGGAAGUGUGGGUUGUGCCGUAUCUCCGCGCCGAAGGUGUGGGUGGGCAGGGGUGGCCUUUGCCGAUGAAGAAGGUUACGCAGCGCAAGGUUGCUGGGAAGGGGUGGGUUGUUGAAUAA